AUGAAAAUUCAAUUCUACAAAGUGGUUUUAUAUUUACAACUCAUCAAUGCAUUAUUAUUGCCUCAACAUUGGGCAAUAGUUAAACCAAAAUUAUUUUCAUUAAAAUCGACAAAACAAAGGUUACAUAAUACAUUACAUACUUUAGUUCCAACAAGGCAAUAUCAAAGAGAAUUUACAUUUGGUCAAUUGAAUUAUAAUAACACUGAAAAUUAUAAAAAUACUUCAAAUUCAAAUUUAAUUUUCAUUCCAAGAGAAUUAAUUAAUCCUGAAAUGUUUUCAGCAUUAGGUUUAUCAAAUUUAUUUUAUAAUUUUACAAAUUUAAAAUGGAUUAAUUUUACACCAAAAGAUCAAAUUUUAAUACCAAAUGAAUUCAAGACUUUUUUCAUUUUUAAUACAAGUUCAAUUAGAGAUUCUUCAUUUAUUGGAUUUAAUCAAAUUUCGAAUUUAAAAAAUCAAAAUAAUAAAAAAUUUUUAUCAACUUCAAAUUUAAAUAAAAUUUUAAAUGGAGUUAUACCAUUUGAUAUGCCUGAAUUAUUAGAAUUAAUUGAUUAUUAUAUGAUAUUACCAAAUUUACCAAAUUUAACAAAUUUAACUUCAUCAAUUUAUAGUGAAGGAUUAUUAAAUUAUUCAUUAGAUUUAUUACCUACAUUUAGACCACAGUUAAGUGAUAAUAAACCAAUGAUUGUGUUUAUGUUUAAUGAAACUGAACCUAAUGUUGAAUCAGCGAUCUUUAAAGAGGACAAGUCAACACAUCAUAUAAUGUCAAUAAAAAAUUAUUUAAAACCAACUAUUAUUUCAAGCUUUUUUGAUAAAUUUGCAAAUACUUGGAUAAAUCAAGUUGGUUAUGAUUCAUUAAUUCAUUCUGUAUUUUGUAAUAUAAAUCAAAAAGAUGAAGAUUAUAGUUAUUGUUUAAAAAUUAGAAAUUCAAUGGUUGAUUUUUUACCAGCUUUUAAAAAAUUUGUUAACAAGAAAGAUCCAAAUAUAAUUUCUAAUUUUCACUACAAUUGCAAAGAUCCUCAAUUUAAUCAACUAGCAGUAAAACAAAUUCAUGAUCGUUUAAAAUCUAAAAAAAAUGCAUUAGAAAUGACAUCAUAUAAUUUAGUCAAAUAUCCUAAACAAUCAAUAGAAUUGUUAGAUGAAGAGCUCGAUGAUAGACUCGAUGACAAACUUACUAAAAUCGAAUCAAAAAAGGAAGACUGGUUAGAUAAAUACGAGGAACAAAAAAUUAAAUUGAUGAAUAAUUUAGAUUCAAAAAUUUAUUCAAUUGAUGAUGAAAAAGAUGCCGUUGGUGAUUUACUAAAGAGGAAAAAAAAAUUUAUAUCAAAUUUAAAAUUUAAACCUCAAAUAUUUGAUAAAUCUGUAGCUUAUGAGUUAGAUAGUGAUGAAGAAAGUGAUGAGUUAGAAGAUGAAGAUGAAGAUGAACAAAAUGAAAAUUCAGAUAAUGAAGAUAUUUAUAAAAAUGAUCAUAGUUAUAUAAGUAAAAGAAGUGAUUAUAACCAUAUAAUUCAAACUCAACCAUUAAAAUAUCAAGAUGAUUCAAUUGGAAAUUAUAUAGAAGAUGAAGGAUUUUCAAUCCCAUUAAGUUUAUUAAAAGAUAUAUAUAAAGAUAAAUCAACUUCAAUAUCUACUUCUUCAAAUCAACCACCUAGAAAGACAACAUAUAGUCAAAUAAUAAAUUUAGAUACUUUAAAACCAUUACUCAAGAAAAGAUUUGAAAUUGUUGAUAAAUAUGAUUCUGAUGGUUCAAUUUUAAAUCAAGAUUGUAAACCUAUUACAUGGUAUAAUAUUUUUCAUUAUAGUUUAUUUGGUGAACCAAAAUUUUGUAAAUCAAAAGAAGAAGAAGAUGAGCUGAAGAAAGUGAAUUAA